CCCCACCCCUCAAGCUAGGCUGAGCUGUGCCUACGUCGGCCUCGACUCCUGGGGACUGGAGGAGUUACCUUUGGAGCCCGAAAGGAGGAAGGAAGCAAAAUAUCAACAACAGCCGAGGCGGCUCGGGCGCUCGGCCCCGGUCCCCCGCUUGCUCGCCGCCCUCCUGUUGGCCCCCGCCCCCAAGACGGGGGCCCAGGCCCCCCGGCGCCGCCCAGGGCCCGCGCGGACGCCAGCCUCAUUUAUUAUUCCCCCCGUCCGGAGCUGCGGCAUCCCGGUGUUGAAGAUCCCCCGGACAAGGGGCAAAGGCUACCCCCUUCCUGCCCUGACACCGCCUUUCCCCCAGCUGGGCUGGAGGCUGUGCAGAAGGUGUCUUGCAGACCAUGAACUGAGCGCUGAUCCCAGACCGUUCAUGAGCACAGUGUAAGGUGUGCCGAGACCCACAAUCCAGCAAGCCCCUCCCCUCCCUAGCACUGAGGACCCCCGGAGAAGAUGGGGAGGAAAAAGAUUCAGAUCCAGCGAAUCACCGAUGAGCGGAACCGACAGGUGACAUUCACCAAGCGGAAGUUUGGGCUGAUGAAGAAGGCCUAUGAGCUGAGUGUGCUAUGCGACUGCGAGAUUGCACUCAUCAUCUUCAACCACUCCAACAAGCUGUUCCAGUAUGCCAGCACCGACAUGGAUAAGGUGCUGCUCAAGUACACGGAGUACAACGAGCCUCACGAGAGCCGCACCAAUGCCGACAUCAUCGAGACCCUGAGGAAGAAGGGCUUCAACGGCUGCGACAGCCCAGAGCCCGACGGGGAGGACUCGCUGGAACAGAGCCCCCUGCUGGAGGACAAGUACCGGCGCGCCAGCGAGGAGCUGGACGGGCUCUUCCGGCGCUAUGGGUCAGCUGUCCCGGCUCCCAACUUUGCCAUGCCUGUCACGGUGCCCGUGUCCAAUCAGAGCUCACUGCAGUUCAGCAAUCCCAGCGGCUCCCUGGUCACCCCUUCCCUGGUGACAUCAUCCCUCACGGACCCGCGGCUCCUGUCCCCCCAGCAGCCAGCACUGCAGAGGAAUAGUGUGUCUCCCGGCCUGCCCCAGCGGCCAGCUAGUGCAGGGGCCAUGCUGGGGGGAGACCUGAACAGUGCUAAUGGAGCCUGCCCCAGCCCUGUCGGGAAUGGCUACGUCAGUGCUCGGGCUUCCCCUGGCCUCCUCCCUGUGGCCAAUGGCAACAGCCUAAACAAAGUCAUCCCUGCCAAGUCUCCGCCCCCACCCACCCAUAGCACCCAGCUUGGAGCCCCCAGCCGCAAGCCUGACCUGCGAGUCAUCACUUCCCAGGGAGGAAAGGGGUUAAUGCAUCACUUGACUGAGGACCAUUUAGAUCUGAAUAAUGCCCAGCGCCUUGGGGUCUCCCAGUCUACCCACUCACUCACCACCCCAGUGGUUUCCGUGGCAACGCCGAGUUUACUCAGCCAGGGCCUCCCCUUCUCUUCCAUGCCCACUGCCUACAACACAGAUUACCAGUUGACCAGUGCAGAGCUCUCCUCCUUACCAGCCUUCAGUUCGCCUGGGGGGCUGUCGCUAGGCAACGUCACCGCCUGGCAGCAGCCGCAGCCCCAGCAGCCGCAGCAGCCACAGCCUCCGCAGCCACAGCCGCAGCCACAGCAGCCACAGCCACAGCAGCCUCAGCAGCCGCAGCAGCCACCUCAGCAGCAGUCCCACCUGGUCCCCGUGUCUCUUAGCAACCUCAUCCCGGGCAGUCCCCUGCCCCACGUGGGUGCCGCUCUCACAGUCACCACCCACCCCCACAUCAGCAUCAAGUCAGAACCGGUGUCCCCAAGCCGUGAGCGCAGCCCUGCGCCACCCCCUCCAGCUGUGUUCCCGGCUGCCCGCCCUGAGCCUGGCGAUGGUCUCAGCAGCCCAGCCGGGGGAUCCUAUGAGACGGGGGACCGGGAUGACGGACGGGGGGACUUCGGGCCAACACUGGGCCUGCUGCGCCCGGCCCCAGAGCCUGAGGCUGAGGGCUCAGCUGUGAAGAGGAUGCGGCUCGAUACCUGGACAUUAAAGUGACGAUUCCCACUCCCCUACUCCCAGCCUCCCUGAUGAAGAGUUGACAAUCUCACCGCCCACCCCCCUGUCCUGGGCUCCUCCCGCUCGACCCCUUCUUCCUUUCUUGUGCUCCGUGUCCUGUUGACAGUUACAUUUGUGUAUAAUUAUUAUUAUAUUAUUAUUAUUAUUAUAUUUUUUUUAAUUUGGAUUCUCGCUUUGGAGAGGGGGAUGCUCUCAUCCCCUCUUUCUACACCUCCCACCAUUUUCAUUGGCUGGGAGGGCUCUCUUUUUUGCGGGAAGGGGGGGACACUUUGCACGUUGUACACAUAUGCUGCAGGAAGGGGGUGGGGGGCCCAAUAGGCCUUUGGGAAAGGACAGGUGCCGAGCCCUGCAUGUGGAGCCCUCCCACCCCUCCCCCAGAUAGAGGGAAAUAACCAAAAAGACUACCAAACAACAGAAAACCCAUACAAUAGACUGAAACCCCAAAGUUGGCUUGACAGGUGGGUUUGUGUUUCAAGGGGAAAGUAAGGCAGAGGUUCCGAAAAGUCCCUCUGCUUCCAGGCUGUUCAUGAGGCCAUACACACAUGGGGCAGAGUGCCCAAGCCUGGCCCCCAAGAUGCCCCUGCACACACAUGUGACACACUCUCACUGACUCGUGUGUGCUGCACCCGCAAGGUGUGUGGGUGCUGGCCGAGCUUGGGGCUGGGGAGGCUGCCUGGGAAUCUGAGGACGGGGCAGGGGUUUGAGGUGGGAGCCUCUCUUGGAAGCACAUUAUUGACAGAAAGACAGAGAGCCAUGAGAAGAGGGCUGAGAAGGGCUGGGCAAGGGGCAGAUUGGGGUCCCCUCCCUUCCCCGGCUUUUUCUCUAACAUAUACAGUGCAAUAGCUCCCCAUCCCUCAAUUGACGCCAGCCCAGGGCUGGCCACAGUGUGCAGGGAGAAUGGGGAGAGGGACUUCAGUGAGGUGGCUCCAGGCAAGAGGGCAAGAGUCAGCCUGGGGCUUCCCUGGGGUGCCCAAAGGCCAGAGCCCUGUCACCAGGGCAGGUGGUGAGGGGACGUCGUGGGCCUUGCACGCACACUACCCAGAGGAGUGGACACUGGGAUGGUUUGUGGCGGCGGGAGGUCGCUGUGGACGAGGUCCAUGGAGGGCCCGCCUCCCGAACUCCUCCUCGGCCCCUCGCCCCAGCCCCUCCGGUUAGCUCCUUCUGCACCUCGACCCACCCCCUGCUCUUGGCACCCCAUUGUCUCUUGCUACCUCCUUGUCCCACCACCUCCAGGCUGCAUCCCACCUUCCCUCUUGGCUACUGUAAUUGUAAAUAGCGACCUUUGGAAAACGUUAGCAGUGUAACAGUCCAGGAAACUGUUUUUUUUGUUGUUGUUGUAUUGAUAUGAAAUGAGAUUCUAUUUUUGUCAAAGUAUAUUGUAAUAAUAAUGACUCAAAUGGCCCGUACUGUACA